UGCAUUUGGACGUAUCCUUCCGACGACCACAUCAAACUGCUACCCUCGCGCCGCGCUGUCCUUCUUCACCAGCUUGCCUUGGACAAAUUUCUGCACGCAUUUACGACCGCAUUCUUAGGCCUGCCUUACGCGCCACAACGCACCCCGCCACCGACGAUACUCUUCACAACGCCCCGGCUUUUUGCGUGUUAGAGCUCAAAGAAAGGAAGCAAUUGCGCACGUAGUCGCGACAAUCAGCUACCUUUCAGACCCAGAGGCCCAGCGCGGGCACACAGCGCAACACUAGCAUCAUGAGUGCUGGUGGUAGUGAUCUCGACAAAGCCAUUCAACAGCUCCGCGCAUGUCGUCCAAUACCCGAGAACCAAGUCCGAGAGCUAUGCUACAAGGCACGCGAGCUGCUGAUCGAGGAAGGCAACGUCGUGGGCGUGGAUGCGCCUGUGACAAUAUGCGGUGAUAUUCACGGCCAAUUCCACGACCUCAUGGAGUUGUUCCGCGUCGGUGGAGAUGUCCCAGAUACGAAUUACCUGUUCAUGGGAGACUUUGUCGACCGCGGUUUCUACUCACUCGAAUCAUUUCUCCUCCUCCUCUGUCUCAAAGUUCGAUAUCCCGACCGCAUAACGCUCAUUCGAGGCAACCACGAGUCACGGCAAAUCACGACCGUAUAUGGCUUCUACGAUGAAUGUUUGCGCAAAUACGGGAGCGCAAAUGUGUGGAGAUACUGCUGCGAAGUCUUCGACUAUCUAGCGCUCGGUGCCCUCGUCCAAGGCGCUGCGACAUCCCUACAGCCCACCGACGGACCUAUAGCCGAGAGCAGCAACAUGGACAAUAUGCCAGAUAUCGACCAGGACAUCGAAAUAGAGACCUUGAAUGCCAACGGCGAGAUUAUGUAUCGAUACGCGCGCAAUUCAGACUCUCAAUCAAGCGUAGCUUCACAAGCGAGCGCCAACAUGGGCUCUUCAUCACCGGUGGCCCCCACGCCAGGACGAGUCGGCCCUGCUGGUACAGGAGCUACUUCGUCUGCAAAUGGAUCAAGUAGGAACGAUACAGGAGCGAUUCUGUGUGUCCAUGGUGGCCUGUCACCCCUCGUCGAUUCGGUAGAUAAGAUUAGAUUACUUGACCGGAAACAAGAAGUGCCUCACGAAGGCGCCAUGUGCGAUCUCCUAUGGUCGGACCCAGACGAAAUCGACGGUUGGGGAUUAUCACCGCGCGGGGCUGGAUUCUUAUUUGGCGCCGAUAUUGUCAAGACAUUCAACCACAAGAACGACCUCAGUCUCAUCGCCAGAGCCCACCAACUGGUCAUGGAAGGAUUCAAAGAGAUGUUUGAUUCAACCAUCGUAACAGUCUGGUCAGCGCCGAACUACUGCUACCGCUGCGGCAACGUAGCAGCCAUCCUCGAACUUGGUGAAGACGGAUCAAAUGCAGGGUUUCAACGUAGGGCCAACGGGGACAGGGGCGGCGGCGGCGGAGGCUGGGUGCUAGGAUCGAAUGCCGGACCGAAUGGAGAACGGCGACUAAGUUCAGUGCUUGGCGACAACUUCCAGCAGAACCGAGACGGUCCCGGGCGGCGGUAUCGGGUGUUUGAGGCUGCACCUCAAGAUUCAAGGGGUAUGCCUGCGAAGAAACCAGUCGCGGAUUACUUCCUCUAGGAGAGGCCCUUGGCGAAGGAGGGCGUAGGCUGGGAAAGUUAAGGCAGUUGGAUUCAAGUGGGUGUUCAACAACCAAGGUCGCGCUGUAAGACAUAGCGGUGGACUAUUUCUUGUAACGAGAAUUCUGAAUAAGGACUACAGAGGCGCUUGGCGAAAGAGACGCAAUACCGCUUGCUGUAUGUGGAUAUGGAUACCCAAAAAUAUAAUGGUAGCUCUGCAAAUAUAUUCUUCAUUAGGAAGACCACC